AUAAAAAAAUAAACUGUCGAUUUUUUAGAAGUAUGUUAUUAACAAUAUUAGACUUAAUAGCCAUAGCACCAUGCUGUUUUAGCAGAAUCCCUCAAAUUCGUCUCUUAAAGAAAACAAGAAAUAUCAGUGGAGUCAGCUUUGAAAGUAUCAUUUUGGACCUGUUUUGUUACAUGAAUGUUGCUGGGUUUAGCUACUACCAAUCCUACCCAAUACUUGGCUACCUCGAGUACCCAGCUUCAAUUCUUCAAAAUGUCGUCUUACUUGCCACCCUGGCGGAUAUUUCCGGAAACCAUUUCCGGCCCACCUGUUUUAUUGCUCUGCUGACUGCCUGGUUCUUCAUCAUUGGGAAUAUUCCAAAGAAUAUUGCUCUUUUCGUCAUUAGCUUGAAUUCAAUUGUUGGUGUCAGUGGCAAAGCUGCUCAAAUUCAGGAAAUUCGCAAAAGUGGAACAAGUAACAAUGUAAGCUCUGCUACUUUUCUCCUAAAUGGAGCUGCCAGUCUAGCCAGAAUGAUCAGUUUAGGAAUGGCUGGUGUAGCAGAGUAUAUCUUGAUAAUUAAUUCUGGAGUAUCAGUCCUGGCAAACCUAGCGGUCUUGAUCACAAUUCACUUAAACCAAACGAAGAAACAAGAAUAAGCAAAAGGUUUUGUGGAGAAUCAAACUCAGCUAUUUUUCCAGCAUCAAGAACCAUCACACGGUUACUAUCCAAGAUUGUGUUCAACCUAAGCACAUUGAAAAAUUAAUGUUAUUACAUUAACGCUGAAUCAAAAAUUUACAAUUUUAUCAAAUCAGAACUAUUAGUUGAACUGCUAAAAUAUUAUGAUAAAACAACAAGUUAAAAUUAUACAAUGAAUUGACCCAGUGACAACCUGUGAAUGAAAAAUUUAAUUUUUAACAUUUUAUAUUUAAUCAAAACUAUUGAUCUAAUUGUUCUUCCAUAUGCUAUUCUUCCAUUGUAACGUUAAUUUUCAAGACUCCUUUAAUUGCUAAAAUAUGACUUUUGAAAACAUUAAUCCAAAUUAAGAACAACCGUAAUUCUGUUUAAUCUCUUUAUAACAUCAGAAGCAAGGCUUCAGAUUAAAAAGACGCCCUUCCAGAUUCAAAAUAGAACCUUUAAAUUUAAAAGGUUACAAUGAAUCUUAACUGAACCAAAAAAGGUAUCUUUAGCAGCAGUUCUCUUCCUUGCAAUAAACCUGGCUUUCACCAUUGCAUUUAAUUGUUAAAAUUUAAUCAAAAGCAUUUAGAUUAACACUUGUAAACAUUGUACAUUAUUGUUUAAUAUAAAAUGUAAACAAAAGAUAAUAAAAUCAACAAUGUGA